AUGAGGAUCAUUCUGCAGUGGAUAUUUGAGGCGCCCAAGGAACAGGAGCAGCCAUCGCGAGAUGCGAAACUCCGUGAGCUUCACACUCCUGGCAUACCGUAUGCGGAGCGACCGGCUGGUGAACCCCAGUAUUGCGGAGAAGCAGCCGUAGACAUCAUCGCCGUUCAUGGCCUGGACUCUGACCCGGAGACGGGAUGGGCGCGGAAGCUACCUGAUGGGUCUCGGUACCCAUGGUUGAGAGAAAAGCUUCCGAAGGACAUGCCUGAUGCGCGGAUCCUAACUUUCUCGUACCCUUCUUCCUUUUAUGGUGACCCGACAUAUACAUCGAUUGAAGAAUGCGCCAGGCAAUUGUUGCGAGUCAUCAUCAGAGAUCGCCGCCAUCCUGGAAAGCUUCGGAUGUGCCCAACGAGGAAGAAGCGUCCAAUCGUAUUCUUGGGACAUAGUUUUGGUGGUCUCGUCAUCAAGAAGGCUCUUCUAAUCGCCAACGAAUACGUCUCGGAUCGGACGCUUCAUGAUACCAAGGAAGGUCUUCGAGAAAGGCAAAAUUACCUGGACAUCAUCUCCGCGGUCGGUGGCCUGUUCUUCUUUGGCACUCCUCACAAAGGCUCCACCUUCUCGCGCUGGGCUGAGAUGAAAAUGUAUGUCGGUUCCAUGUGCGGACAAGCCACAUUUCCAGACCUUAUCAGACUGCUCGGGCCGCACUCGUUAGAGCUUCACGACAUGCAGCGAGACUUCAAACGAUUAUACAGGGGAGACAAGCUUACGCAGGCCCUGCUGUACUGUUACUACGAGAUGAAGGGCGUUCCUCUAUACCCACACAUAGUGGUCAGCAAAGCCUCCGCAUGCAUAUCAGACGCCCAAUGCCGAGGCUUCAAUCUUACACAUAAGGAACUGAACAAGUUCAAAGCUGGAGACGAUUCGAAUUACGACGUGGUCUUGACAGAUUUGGAAUAUGCUGUCACCAAGUCAGCCGCGCACAUCGCCAAAACAUUCACUCCCGGUAAUUACGGGACGACAGGCGCAUCGGAGGCAAGCAAAGCCGUUGAGGUUGCGCUAAAGCCUGCCACUGGCCAGCUUGAUCAACUCCGUACGCUCCUCUCCCAUCGUAGACACACGCCCAAAUCCUGCAUGUGGAUUCUCUCCCAUCAUGACUUCAAGCGCUGGGCAUCCGAUUCCAACCGUCUGGAUUCUUUUUGGGUCUACGGUAAAGGUGGAGCCGGGAAAAGCGUGUUGGCCGCCUACAUUAUCGACUGGCUUCGAACGGAUCAAGGCCGAGCAGCCGGCGCAAACUUCGACAGCUCUGGCUUUCCCGUAUGCCGCCUCGACAAGAACAAAAACGCCUGCGGAUACGUCAAGCCGAAAACAACGGUGCUAUUCUUCUUCUUCGGCGUCAAUCGUGCGAAUCAGCAUGUUGUCAGUUUCUUGGGGACUUUGGUACAUCAACUGCUCACAAUACACUAUGACAAUGAACAACUAUUCGCGACGGCUAGGAACUUCGUGGACGAGCGGGUGCGCAACCCUGGUGCAAUGGCAGACGAGGAGGCAAAGUUCAUAAAACUCCUCGUCGAUAUGCUCACGCUCCUCGGCGCACCCGCAUACAUCAUCGUUGACGGAGUUGAGGAAAACAGCGAAGACGAUCAAGGCAUCGCAUGCCUCAGAGCUCUUGCUCGGCUCAAGAAGCAACUCUCGCCCCCACUGAAUGCGAAGAAAAACUCAAGGGCCCAGGCCGAAGCCAUGUCAAACCAAGCGGUACGACUACAUAUCAUGGUGGUCAGCCAGGCUACCAGCUCCAUCUCUUUUGCCAUGCAGGAGGUACUCCCGAAGCGUGCGGAAAUUGACAUCUGCCGCUAUACUGAAGACGACAUUGCCAACUUCGUCCAGACCAAGGGCGAUGAAUUGAUGAGACAAAGGCCAAAGCUGCAAGACGGCAGAGACAAAAUCGUCCAGUCGCUUACCAAUGGCGCUCAGGGCGUGUUCCAGUGGGUGAACGGAGCCUUCAAACUGUUGGAGAAGUAUGCGGGCGAUGUUGAAGGCAUUGACAAAUGGCUGGGUAAUCUGCCACCAACUCUCGCACAAACCUGGGAGAAGGUGUUCAUGCGAUUGCCUCAAGGAAACGAAGCAGUAGAUGCCCAACGGAAAAUCCGCCUCGCUCUCAAGCUCCUUGCAGUGUACGCCCGCCCUCUCACAGCGACUGAGCUCUACUAUGCUUACACCAUUGGCACCAUUGGUUUCGAAGAGGAGGAUGACGGCACCUUCAAGACAAUCGACGGCGAAGUUAAACGCUUGGUCAGGGGUCGGGAGCAGUUCAAAGACAGCCGGUUUGCGAUCGAGGAGAUUCGCGGCCUUCUGGAUUCUCUUGUUGAAUUCGAUAUCCAGAAAGGAACCGUGAAGUUAGUGCAUGAUUCAGUUCGACAAGCACUGCUACUUCCGGAUGAUUCAGAACGCCAUCCUCAGAGCUCUGCUACUGAGCAACUACGGUUGGCGGGAUAUCAGUUUACUGGGCGCGAGGCUCAAGCAGCGGCAGCUGAGCUCUGCAUGCGAAUUGUUCAGAGCUCCACCUUAUCGCACGCGACUUCGUUCGCAACGACGCCUAUUCCAUUCGUAGAGUAUUGCUGGGAUCACUGGAAGUAUCACCUGAAACGUUCCUCAGUCAGGCCUGGCGUUAUCGUAGAUCAAAUGAUCAGAGGCGUCAGUCGUGACACGAUUGCUUUCCUUGGAGCGCUCACGGAAUUUGUCGGUCGAGACCUCCCUCCGGUGGGAGGCCGAUACUCCGAUUUGGAGUACAUUCUCAGUCUGAAGCGAGCCCGCGAAUGUCUUCUGCCGGCAAUUGAGCCCUUGGCAACCAUUCAAAAGGAACCUGAGGGUGCAUUAUCAAUGGCUCUUUUCGGUUAUGAGAAGCUGGGUGUCGUGGAAGAAAAUGGUCUUCCCACAACGUACAAGAAGUGCGACGAGUUCGUUAGAAGGGUGUACCAGAGGGUUCGCGGUCGUUUGAUGCCCAAGGAGACCACUGUCACCCGGCUUCGCAUCGAUGCAUUGCUCGAGAAGCCAGCCUACAGGAAAGCUAUACUAGGGUCUAGAGGGACAGCUGCAUUGCUCGAAGCUGCUCGCAAUCUUCGUUCUGUGGCUCUUCGCUUCGCUGUAAACCCAGUGUACAGCGCCUUGAUAUCUACCGCAGGCGGUACAACAUUCUCGCCCAUUCACCCGCUGGUCUAUGUUGCGAAUCUUUUAGAAGAGUGCGGAAGCGCCCCAUUCUGGGAUCAACUUUCGUCCAACUGGGAUCCUAUCGAUCGAUUCAUCUGCAACGAUGACGACCCGCAGGCGGGACCCGCACGUUUCGUUCUUCAAUGCUUCGCCUGGCGAGAGCUGCAGGACCAAAUCCCAGCGGCCGCAGAGCCGAAUCGCCAAUACAUGCGUGCUGUCAGCCGACUGAACGCACAGCCCAACCCCGGCGGUCAACAGCUGCUGCGCGCAUCCACCGAAAACCGAGAGCAGGUGAAGCGCCUACAUGGAAUGUCUGGGGCCCAAUAUAUAACCUCCUACGUCGUGCUUGAGAUCUUUGGAGGCGGAAACGAGGAGUCGUUCGUGAAGACAUUCGUCUACAACCCCAUCGGACAACAUCACAUUCGGUCCAAUCUGCUUUUGAAUAAGGAUGGCAGCUAUCUCGACAACAUGUUUGAAGACCCGAAGAAAACACUAGCGCGUCACGCUCCUGAGGCCCUCAUGGAAGCCCCAGUGACGGCAGCAGUGGAGGCAAUUCCAAGCAUCCUGAAACUGGCCUUUGUUAAAUACAUCACUCUCCUUUUUGAGCUCUUCGGCAACGUCGCAUCUCGAGCUAUCGCAACACAUGCCCAGCAGAUGAUGGAAGUGGCCCAAGGCAUCCAGCUGACACUUGGCCAUGUCGAUUUCCUUUGGCAAACGGCCAGCCUUGCGUCGGUUCUUCACCUUAGCCUGGCAGUAUUGAUGUUCCUCGUCCGCAACAUCUACUUCCCUUCAGUUGCAGCGCACUACUUGAAUAACCCGAUGAAUCGCCUUCGGCUGGCGAUCAAGGACCCUGCACUGUAUCUUCAAUCCCAACACGACUUCUCGUGGUGGUACUGGGCACGAGCCGUAUCCACUUCCUUCAUAUUCAACUUUCUUAUGGGAUACCUAUCCACAGCCGGAGUAGGCGUCACGCUAGUCUUCCGCCAAAUGCGCGCCUCGAAUCCCUCCUACAGUGGCUUGGCAUACCUCUCAGAGUACACGCUCAUCGCAGUCACGUCGUUCGUUCACUUGUGCACCUUGCAAAGGCACCUGACCAGUGUCUUGUAUCUGCUGGGCACAAUCGUGGCUGGCGGGUACAUCAUGAUGCAUGAUCAAGCCAAGAUCUAUUCGAUCCUUACCUUCACGGUCUGGUACUGGUUCUAUACGGGUCUCGGCAUUCUGAACAAUCUUAUUAUUGCCGUUUCCAUGGCGGCGUUUGGCCCCUUUGGUUUUUUGGUGGUCUUUGUAUCAUGGGUACCGCAGUACUACCUCAUCAAGCUGGUGAGCCGCCACCAGCUUGCCAUUGCGUGGGUUAUCUCGUGGCCAUUCCAGCCGCUGGUAUGGGCGGGGAGGUUCGCCUGGGUGCUGUUCCUCCAUGCCUACGUCCAUGUGCUGCAAAUAUGUGGCAUCAUCGUUCUAUGCGGACUGGUCUUGCUCUCCUUCCACUGGUUCCGGCAACAGGUGAAGGAUCCGUACGAUAUUGAAGGCACGGUGCGAAAGCUUCGGAAAGCGGCGAACUUGGUCAAGAACACGCUGAAGGAAGCUGAGCGGAAACGCAUCGGCGAGUAUCCGCUCGGGGGCGAGAUUGAGGACCAGCCGCAGAAGAAUCCUGCCUCGGAAAAUGCCAGCGCUGCUACACCCCAAGCGACAGCGUCGAGUGCUUCGCCAGGUGUUACCCCAGCGGCUAGGCCAAUGAACAGCCAUCUCCCGACUGCCACAAACUCUUCCACGCAAUCCCAAGAAAAAACAGGGGAGUACGUCGAACAGCGCUUCAAUAAUGUCCAAGAUCCAUCGGCUUCCUCGUCUCCACCGACCGCCAGCCAUCCGUCCAGUCAAGCUUCGCCGGACGUGGACGCCGAGGAGCUGUUCAGACAGUUCUUCGGCAGCCCCAGUGUUGCAGAGCUGCUCACUAAACCGCAGAUACGAAGUGAGCGCCUGAGGGAGUGGUUAAAGAGUCACCCGCGGCCGGCAACACCCUUCACAGUGAAGCCACAUCAAACUCAGCCGGUUCAACCACCGACCCAGUCUUCUGCUCUGCCAGCUCAAUCCAACAUUGUGAGCCCCAAGGAGUGGAUGAAGGGUCACCCGCGGCCGGCAACACCUAGGGUUACACCUUUCACAGUGAAGCCACAUCGAACUCAACCGGCACAACCGCCGACCCAAUCUUCUGCUCUGCCAUCUCAAACCCAACCGGUCCGGCCGCCGCCCGAACCCUACGUUCCGCCUCCGCGUCCGCCAAAACCCAUGGUCGCCCCUCCACGCAGGGUGAACGUUCCGUCACCGCCAAACGACCCGCCCGAGUCGUCUGGGACCACACCGCAAGCAACAUCAACAGACGUAAAUACUGCGGCCGCUCCGAUCCCGGAUUUUCUGAACGCGCAGAGCCUGGACGACCUGCUGAGUCUGCCGGGCCGGGAGACGGAGGGCUCCACUGGCGUUUUCAAGAACCCCAAGGUGAGGAGGCGCACGAACCGCCAGUUUGCGGUUGCGAGUUAG